CUCCACAGCUGCGAGCGCUGCGUGUUUUGGAGUGACCGUCGGCGGUGAAGUGGUCUAGGGAGCUAGACUGGUGACCAUGGCAACGUUUACUUCCUGCUUCCGGUGGUCGUAGCGUUGACGGCGUACCGCAGUCGUGGAUGUGUUAAAACUCACAAUUGCCGAUUGUUUUUUUUGUUUUUUUACACAUCCUCCCUUAAUUUGAAGGGGCCCCUCCACAGGUGCGAGCGCUGCGUGUUUUGGAGUGACCGUCGGCGGUGAAGUGGUCUUGCGCGCCCCGCUGGUGGGCAGGGAGCGGGUGGGCGAAGGCCCCGUCUCAUCGCGUCACCGAUUGGAAGCGCACUACAUGUGCGUCAGAGUUUGUUGUCUUACACGGUAGUUUAUGUGAAGCGCAGAUUAUACGCGGGUUCGAACACAGCCCAGAUACCGUUUGGGAAAGCUUGCCUGGACCUUUGCCGAUAAACCGUGGUUUCCGACAAAACAGCGGUUGACAGCCGCCGUCUCGCCGUUUAGCAACGCCGCUCAGCAAUCAGUAGCGAGUUUGAUCCCACGGGGCAGAAGAGGUGAUGAAGAGGCAGGCGCCUUCCUUCCUCUGUUACUAAACGCGGUCCACAUUGAUCCACCUUGCCUUUCGGACAAACACCUUGCUGAAAUGAUUUUCUUGCGUAACCGCAUGGUUGUUCUGGGCCUGGUGUUGUUGGCGACGGUGCUCCUGUAUCUACUGCUGCCAUCCAUUCGCCAGGGCAGCAUGGAACCAUCUCUUGAAAUUCAAAGGAUGGGCUUGGUGGCUGCCUCCCCUCCUCCGCCUCCAACCAUCAAUGUGUCUGUUCGCACAGGCCAGCUGCCCGGGGACCCUCCACUGUUCUUUCGUGAAGCUUUACCUCUUGAUGGAGCUGGACGACAAGUAUUGCCCAGGCUACAAGUGGUCCUUCUUCAUGGACAGGCCUUCACAUCCAAAACUUGGGAAGAACUUGGCACCCUUGCCUUACUGGCGACAAAUGGAUAUCAGGCAUUGGCUAUGGAUCUGCCAGGAUUUGGAAACUCGCCAGACUCGGAUGCCCUGAAGACUGAUGAGAAUCGAGUGGAGCUCCUGCGAAGAUUCAUGGAGGCCUUGGGUGUGAGGACGGCUGUGCUUCUGAGCCCUUCCAUGAGCGGGCAUUACUCCAUACCCUUCCUCAUGAAGCACAGCACUCAGCUGCAUGGCUUCAUUCCCAUAGCUCCUGUGGGAACCCGAAGUUAUACUGCACAGCAGUAUCAGAGUAUACAGACUCCCACUCUGAUUGUGUUUGGUGCCCUGGACACUAACUUAGGUGCCCAGUCCCAUAAGAACCUCAUACAACUCCCGCAUCACUCCGUGUUGAAGCUGGAAGGGGCUCGCCACCCAUGCUACAUGGAUAAACCCAAAGAAUUCCACCAAGGACUGCUUGAUUUUCUCGGCAAACUGCAGUGAGAUGCAGGGGGAGAGCGAGACUGCAAAAGGAAAAAAGAGCCAAUGCAUACUAACAAUGAGAGGAGCACACAUCCUCCCGUCACCAGGGAUGUCAGGACCACUGUGCUGAGUUUAUGGAGGAGGAACACGGUGAGUCAACUAAAGCAGAAACAUUCAUACGAAGCUGAGGAUGAAAGAAAAUGACAGGAAAAAUGCAGUGAUGCUUAUUUGGUAAUGGUGCAUUCUAGCACAAACAACUAUGUUAUCAUGUUUUCCUAUUCCUCCCCCCCCCCCCAUUCAAUAGCAAUAUGACUAGUUGAACAGAGUCUCUCAUAAAGACGGCGUCAGAUUUGUACUAUUUAGGUGGCUCUUCUUAUGUUUGCACAUGUUUCAUGUCUCUGAUCGCAUGUUAACACAUGGAAUGUCUUUGCUCCAUCGUUACCAUUUUCGUUGGUGACACGGACUUCUGUAAAUAUGCAGAGGUGACCCGUGUCUCGAUAUCUUCAGCAUCUGUGUUUGCUUUGCAUUUGUGAAAUGGAUUUAUGUAUUGGUUGAAAUUUGGUAACCGUUUCACUUUUAAGCUAAACUAAUUUUUGGCUACCAGCUAAAUGUAGAAAUGGGUUCUUAAAUGAAACUGUUAAGAUGGCUGCUAUUUAUUUAAGUUAUGAUGAAAAGUGUAUGUUAUAUAUUUGCAGUAGUUUGUCUGGACAAUCGUGUAUGAAUAACAAACUUGUGCAUAGGUUGCAAUAAAAAAAAUACAAAUAUUAA